AUGGACGUCAACACACUCCUAGCAUUGGCGCAGAAUGCGACGGAUGUGGGAAACUGCAAGGCUGCACAGGAGUUUUUCGAGGUCGCCUUGACGCGCAGCCCAAACAACAUUGACGUGCUGGAGGCGUACGCGGAGCUGAUGAUUCACCACGUGCAGGAUAUUCCUCGGGCGAAGCAGAUGCUGCAGCACGCUAUCGAGGUGGACCCGCAGCACGGUUACGUCAAGUACCUUAAUCUGGCUCAGCUGUCGGAGGCAGAAGAGUCUCUGGAGUGCUAUCAACGUGCUCUGCAGCUAGUUCGCGGGGAACUUCACUCAUGCAGGAAAAAGAGGAGGCGGGAGACUCUGAAUGAAACCCUUUCCACGAUUUACUGCGCCAUUGCUGAGCUAUAUUUAACAGACCUGUGCUACGCCCCCGAAGCGGAGCCACGCUGCGAGGAGGCCAUCCUGCAGGCGCUGAAGUGCAACGGACGGAGUGUAGAAGCUCAUCAGUUGCAGGCCUCCCUGCGUCUUAGUCAAAACCGCCCUGAAGAGGCGCUGCAGUCUCUGCGUCGCGCGGUGGAUUUAACACACCUCCUCAGUGAGGCACAUCAGCCCACGUACGAUUCCAAGGUGGAGCUGAGUCGUCUGCUGAUGCAAGUGUCACCUGACGACGCCUACCGCUUCCUGCUGGAGAUCCUGCAGCUCGGUGACAACAACCCGUACAUUUGGUUUCUGUUGGGAGAAUCGGCGAGACUGCGUAAACGAUAUGUCGAUUCCGCGCGUCUGCUUCGUCGAGCCCGCGUCAUGCUUACAAUGUCUAACGGUGAUGCGGAGGCGCUGGCGGAGGUGGAUGCGGCGAUCGGCGUGUUGGUGGAGGAGAUGGGCGGCCCGGCGGCGGUGGAGCAGAUCGCCGACUUGGAUCAUCCCAACCCCAUCGAGCUGCUCAUGCCAGAGGACGGAGGGGCCGACGACGCAGACGACGAGAGCGAAGAGAUGGAUAAGCGCGAGUGGGAAUCGUGCGAUGACGAGGAUUAA